GAAUAGGGCGACGAUGAUUGUGAUGGAUGCGGUGGGGGGAGGGGUGGAUGAGUUGGUGGAUGAGCAGAUCAGAAAGCGGGCACCCUAAAAAAGUCCAUAUCAGAUGAUUUCAUUGCCUGUUUUAUGUAAAGACAGCUUGACUUCAUGAGGCUAAGCGAAACUGUGUGACAAUGGCACCCAAAGAAGAAGAGUUUGCAAAUGUCAUUGGUAGCAUAAGGCCUCUUCCAGAGGACAAACAGAAUACCAGCUCCACACCUGGUGAACAUGUUGAGCUGAAAGAGCUGAACAAACAGACCAGAAAUGACUCUCCUCCUCCAGUAUCAUACACGCAGCUGUUCCGGUACGCGGACGGCCGGGACCGGGCACUGGUGGCCUCGGGUUUGGUGUGUGCCGUCCUCUCGUCCCUCUGCCUGCCGGCCAUGGUGGUGCUGCUCGGCCUUCUCACCAACGCCUUCGUCGGCUUCCACGCCGCCGGCCAUCUGAACGGCACGCAGGCCGCUGUCAACCGCACGGUGUCAAGACCGGUGGAACUGCUGCUGCCGGACGGUGCCAGUCCGGAGUCGUUCUCUGAGCACGUGCUGGUGUUCCUGGUGGGCAGCUGCGUGGCCGGCACGUUCCAGGCGGUGUUCGCCGCUCUGUUCGUGUUCUGCCUGGACUUCUCGUCCGCCAGACAGGUGAAGCGGAUCCGGGGCCUGUUCCUGGAGGCCGUGCUGCGCCAGGAGAUCAGCUGGUUCGAGACGAGCGGCGCCGGCGACUUCGCCACCCGCGCCACCGAGGACCUGGCCAAGGUGCAGGCGGGCAUCGACGACAAGCUGGGCAUCUUCGUCUUCAUGGUGUCCGUGUUCGUCAUCUCCAUGUGCAACGCCUUCUACCACGGCUGGCGGCUGACGCUGGUCAUCCUGACGGCCGUGCCUGUACUGGUCGCUAUCCUGGGCGCCAUCGCCAAGGUGCAGUCGACGUUCAUGCAACGGGCCACAGCUGGUUACAGCCAGGCGGGCGACGUGGCCUCCGAGGUCAUCUCCGCCAUCCGCACCGUGGUGGCCUUCAGCGGGCAGCAGCGGGAGGUGGACAGGUACUCGCGCUGCCUGCUGGCCGCCCGCCGCUGGUGGCUGUGGAACUCGGCGCUAACCGGCCUGGGCGCCGGCCUCGCCUGGUGCGUGGUGUUCGCCUGCUACGCGCUAGCCUUCUGGUACGGCACGGCGCUCAUCCUGGACGGCGAGUACGACCCGGCCUCGCUCACCAUCGUGUUCUUCAGUGUGGUGAUGGGCGCCAUUCAGCUGGGACAGUCGGCUCUGCACCUCUCCUCCUUCAGCGAGGCCCGCGGCGCCGCCGCCACCAUCUUCGCCGUUAUUGAGCGCCGCUCCCAGAUCGACCCGCUGGGGGAGAGCGGCGAGACGCCGGAGACGGUGCGCGGCCAUCUGGAGUUUCGGGACGUGCGGUUCAGCUACCCCAGCCGGCCAGACGUGCAGGUGCUGCAUGACCUGAGCCUCAGCAUCCCGGCCGGCCAGACGGUGGCGCUGGUGGGCACCUCCGGCUGCGGCAAGUCCACCUGCGUCCAGCUGCUGCAGCGGCUCUACGAUCCCGACCACGGGCAGGUAUUGCUGGACGGCCAGCGCGUCUCCGACCUGCGCGUCUCCUGGCUCAGGAGUCAGCUCGGCGUCGUCUCGCAAGAGCCGGUCCUGUUCCCGAUCUCCAUCCGCGAGAACAUCCGAUACGGCCGGCCUGACUGCAGCGAGGCCGAGCUGGAGCGAGCGGCGCGCGCCGCCCAGGCCUGGGACUUCAUCGCCGCGCUGCCGGCUGGCCUGGACACGACGGUGGGCGGCCGCGGCGGCCAGCUGUCGGGCGGCCAGCGACAGCGGGUGGCCCUGGCGCGCGCCCUGCUGGCAGACCCAUCCGUGCUGCUCCUGGACGAGGCCACGUCGGCGCUGGACACAGCCACCGAGGCGCGCCUCCAGCAGACACUGGCAGAGGCUCGCGCUGGUCGCACCACGGUGGUGGUGGCGCACCGGCUGUCGACGGUGCGCUGCGCCGACACGAUCGUGGUGCUGCGCGAGGGCCGGGUGGCCGAGCGCGGCAGCCACCAGCAGUUGAUGGAGCGGCGCGGCCUCUACCACCGGCUGGUCAGCGCCCAGGCCAUCGCCGAGGAGUCGGCCGGUGGCCGCACCGUCUCCAUCUCGUCCGAGGACGGCGAGCCCAGCCUGGCCGAGGUGGUCGGCCACGUGGCUGCCACCGGGCUCGGCCGCACGCACUCGAUGCGCCGCUCACGGCGCCGACGCAGCGUGAGCGUGCCCCUGGAGGGCGAACCCACCUACCCGCCGGUCUCCAUGUGGCGGUUGGUCAGGAUGAGCGGGCCCGAGUGGCCGUACGUGCUGUUCGGCGUGCUGGCCUCGGCCGUGUGCGGCUGCGCCAUACCCGUCUACGCCCUCUUCUUCGGGGACGUGCUCGCCAACCUGGCGGAGUCGGACCGGGAGGUGGCGCAGGCGCAGGCCAACUUCUACUCACUCAUCUUCCUCAUGGUGGGCAUUGGGCUCGGCACGGCCAUGUUUCUGCAGAGCGUCAUGUUCGGAGUGGCCGGGCUCCAGCUGACCACGAGGCUGCGGCAGCUGACCAUCGCCGCCAUUCUUCGCCAAGAGAUGGCGUUCUUCGACGAGCCGGCCAACUCCGUCGGCGCCCUCUGCUCGAGGCUGGCAACUGACUCUUCAAACAUACACGGCGCGUGCGGGCCGCGGCUGGGCACAGUGGCCCAGGCCGUCUCCACGCUGGCCUUCUCCGUCUCGCUGGCCACCUACCUGAGCUGGCGGCUGGCAGCCGUGCUGCUGCCGUUCGUGCCGCUGGUGCUGGCCGCCUGCUACCUGCAGACGGCGCUCAUCUCCGGCCAGCAGAUCACCCAGAUGGACGCCGUCGACGCCGGCGCCAGUACGGUGCUGGAAGCUUUGCGUAAUAUACGCACGGUGGCAGCACUGCGGCUGGAGCGGUUACUGCACCGGCAAUACGUGGAUACGCUGGAGGAGGCCUUCUUCACGUAUUAUCGCGUCUCCAUGAUCCGAGGCCUGGCAUUCGGGUUCGCUAACGCGGUGCCGUUCUUCGCGUACGCCGCCUGCAUGGGCUACGGCGGACAGCUGGUCGGAGACGGCUCGCUGCCCUUCCAGAGCGUCUUCAAGGUGGGCGAGUCGCUGAUCCUGGGCACCAUGAUGGUGGGCCAGGCGGUGGCGUUCGCGCCCAGCUACAACAGCGCCAAGCUGUCGGCGGCGCGCGUCUUCGCCCUGCUGGACCGGCGCGCCGCCAUCGAGGCCUCGCCCAGCGCCGGGCUCCGGCUGCCCCACGUGAGUGGCCACGUUGCCCUCGACAAUGUGACGUUCAGCUACCCGACCCGGCGGGGCGCCACCGUGCUGCGCGGCCUGAACUUCAGCUUCGCCGCGGGCCGCACCGUGGCGCUAGUGGGCGCCUCGGGCUGCGGCAAGUCGACAGUGCUUCAGCUGCUGCUGCGCUUCUACGAGCCCGACUCGGGCACCGUGUCACUGGACGAGCACGAGGUGGGCUCGCUGAACGUGCCCUGGCUGCGCUCCCACAUCGGCCUGGUGUCGCAGCAGCCCGAGCUCUUCGACCGCACCAUCGCCGAGAACAUAGCGUACGGCGAUAACAGCCGGGAGGUGCCGAUGGAUGAGAUCGUGGCGGCGGCGCGCUCGGCCAGCCUGCACGACUUCGUCGUGCAGCUGCCGGCCGGCUACGAGACCCGACUGGGCGCCACCUCCAGCAGCCAGCUGUCGGGCGGCCAGAAGCAGCGGGUGGCGAUCGCGCGCGCGCUGCUCGGCCGGCCGGCCGUGCUGCUGCUGGACGAGGCCACGUCGGCGCUGGACGCGCGGAGCGAGCGGACCGUGCAGCGGGCGCUGGAGGCGGCCAGCCGCGGGCGCACCUGUGUCGUGGUGGCGCACAGGCUCACCACCGUGCAGGCGGCCGACUGCAUCGCCGUGCUGCACCGCGGCCGGCUGGCCGAGACCGGCUCCCACCAGCAGCUGAUGGAGCGCCGCGGCCUCUACUACCAGCUGUACAGCGCCCAAACGUAGCAGGGUGGGACUCUCAGAUGUAUUAGGGAUGCAUAACGCUCGGGUAUGUAGUUGGACUGCACUGUCGGCUGCACAGCGCUCAGGUAUAUAGGUGGACUGCUGUGUCGGCUGCGCAGAGCUCGGGCGUAUAUUCCGCUGUACUACUAGAUGUACAGCACUCUGAUGCCGUAGAUCGCACUGCACGGCACACAGCCGUAUCGUUAACUCUACACUCACAGCGUGUAGACGUAGCAGGCUGUGCUACAAUUCUAAGGCUUUCCGGCGACCUGUACAGCCAGGCGGUCUGCUCUAGACAGCUACGCCGCUCAGGUUUUUCACAAUUUUGCGGCGCACGCGCUUCAGAAAUAUCACGCUGGGAGAAGGGAAGCUGCUGGUGGAAGGGCUGCGUUACUUUGAGGUGCUGGCGUACAAGCCCAUGUCCCGCGAUGAUCACAAAGAUGUAAGAGUCGUUAACUUGUCGCGUAUACGCACGGCAUAACGCACCCGCGUGGUUUCAAACUGGUUUGGACUCUUGUCAGGACUCGUGUUCUUUUCGGCUCUGCUUGACUCCCGCACAGGCGCUCGUCGUCAUUUCUUCCCGCCUUGACGUGAUGAUGCCUAGCUUUGUAUUCCGAUGCAUUUCACUGGUCAUUGAUGCAGAGAGCAUUGUUUGGUCGUGUUGUGCACGCUCGAUGGAGUGAGUCGUUUGCCCUUCCUGAGUUUGUCCGGUCCCGCUGAAGCCGCGCCUGCCGGCUGCGCUGUGCUCGUAUUUAAAUGUGAUCCGUGGAUUACGCCGCUUAAAUGAGCACAUGCUUCAACGCUGAUAGCGCCGCGAGAUGGAGGUGUCAGCAGCCCAGCGUAGCGCGUGGUGUUUGGUGUCGUUACGCCGCGCUUACGUGAGCAGUAUUACGAUGAGAGGCUAAGGUAGGUCAGUAGCGCCCCUUACUGUUACGGUCCGUCGUGUGUUGGUGCUCCGUCACGCGACCUUUACUCAUGAACAGUAUUGUGGUGCCUCGGAAUAUGCUCGUUAAUUACAACACGGUAUUACGUAACAAUACUCUUUCAACGGUGUCAGGCCGUCGUGAGAUUAAUUAUUAUUUUUGUGUAUCCUUUUACGCUGACGCCCUCCGAAAUGUUGUUAAUUGUUACCAUAUAGAUGAUAAUUACCACGUGCUGUUACGGUGAGAGCCGAGAUCGUGACGUCGCCGACCCAUGACGCGCGUCGUGUUGUGAUCCCGUCUGAUCCCAGGUUCGGAUGACGUGAUCCUAAUGGAUCCUAUGUCUCGGAUGGCCUGAUCACAGCUGGUCACAGGUCCCAGAGAGCACGGUCCCAUUUGAUCCCGGUCUCAGACAGUAGGAUCCCACUGCCGCCUGCUGGUGGCGAAGCGGCCAUUUGGUAACGCUGUCUGGCGCUGAGGCCAGUAUCGUAUCGGGACGUGUUACGUCGCCCCGCAGCGUGUUGGGGCGCCUUGUGUUUAGCAGCAGCCAAAGUACGCACCAACGCUACAAAAGUUGCCAUUAGUUCGCUAAAAAUCGUAUCAAUCGCAUUGUCGCGUGCGUUCGCACUCGCGUUGGGACAUUGACGCUGGGGUCACGGGACGGGGCCAUCGGACGCGGUCGCGGGGUUCACCGGUGUUUGGAGUGCGGGUUAGGUCACAUAGUUAUGCUGCGGUUGUUACCAGUGCUGGUGGGGCGUUUUUGUUUGGUGCGCGCGUGGUGUUACGGGGCAACGUUGUGCGAUUAUGUGUCACCCCUCACUGUUGCUAUGUUAGAGCACUUGGUAUGAGGCACAUUCCGUAUUGGGUUGUGAUCUGUCACAGCUAGGUUUGCGCUCGGCACGUAAUUGGCUCCGCAUUCACUAACAUUUUUAGUCGACUCUUCACGAACCAACACAAAAAGUCCGCAUGGUUUAGCCGGUUGUUGGAGAUUCAAACAUUACGUUCUCCGGUUACGCCUUUUGCCAUCUGCAAUGGCCUGUGCUGGCCAUUGCGCUCCCCACCCGGCAGAUAAAAGGGUAGACACAAAACUGGGCUAGUUCGGAAUUCUUGUGACACCGAGGGCAAGCCUGUACACAAUUGCUCUCGUUGGCACUGUUAGACUGUGUGACGUAGCGUGUCGAUGUGUUGUUACUCGCUGUUACGCACGUUGUCGUUGUCAGGAGCGCGGCGUCGGCUGUUUGUUCGUCAUCCAUGCAGCGCCACGUGGGCCCCAGACCGUCGUUUGCAAUCGCUCCACUCUGCUGGACAGUACUUGGCAAGUGGAGAGGAGGGGUCGGGGGUGGAACAGGCGGUGGCGCACGCCCACCAGGGGGUUUUCACGGG